AUGCCCCUCUCGGCACAUGCCUCUCGACUGCUGGGGACUCUGGCGCAUGCCUACAAACCGCUCCGUUCCGGUCGCAACAAUAUGGAGGCUCUCGUGGGCCAGGCUAUGAAAGACACCGCAGAAUUGCGGAAAACCUCGGUGCCAUGGAAGGACGACGAGCCUCACCGGCAAUGCUGCCACGCAUUCCACCCGGCGAGCUCUUCCUGGCUCCCGCGGACCCCCUCUCCCGCCGGCGAGGACCCGGCGGGUGACCUUGGCGAGAUCGACCGCAUCGCUCUCUACAGCUGGAACGUCGACUUCAUGCUGCCCUUCGCCUCGGCCCGGAUGGGGCCAGCCCUCGCCCACCUCGGCUCCCUGGUGCGCUCCGGCCCCGCGGGCGCGGCCACCGUCGUCUUCCUCCAGGAGUGCACGCCCUCGGACCUGGCCACCAUCGCCGCGACGCCGUGGGUCCGCGAGCGCUUCCACCUGACCGACGUGGACGCGACCAACUGGGCGACCGGCCACUACGGCACCGUGACGCUCGUCGACUCGCGCCUGCCCGUCGCGGCCGCCUUCCGCGUGCACUACUCCCAGACGCGCAUGGACCGCGACGCCCUGUUCGUCGACGUGUCGCUCGGCCAGGGCGCCACCGUGCGCCUCUGCAACACCCACCUCGAGUCCCUGGCCCUCGACCCGCCCUUCCGCCCGGCCCAGAUGCAGACCGUGGCGCGCUACCUGCGCGGCGAGGACGGCGGCAAGGUCCACGCCGCGCUGGCCGCGGGCGACUUCAACGCCAUCCAGCCGUUCGACCGCACGCUGCACGCCGACAACGGCCUCAGGGACGCGUACCUCGAGCUCGGCGGCCGGGAGGACGCCGAGGAGGGCUACACCUGGGGCCAGCAGGCGGCGACCAAGCUCCGGGAGCAGUUUGGCUGCUCGAGGAUGGACAAGGUCUACCUUUGCGGCGCCGCCGAGGUGGUCAGGUUUGAGCGGUUCGGCGCGGACGUGCUGGCGGACGGGGAGGAGGAGAGGAGGCAGAUUGUGGCGCUCGGCUUUGAGAAGGCGUGGGUGACGGAUCACCUCGGCGUCAUGGCUGAGGUGAAGAUUCUCGAGGGAGAAAAUGAGAGUCGGCUCUAG